CAGCCUCGGUAGGUCUCGUUUAAGUAAAACUACGCGAGAUGUGCGGGAGCAUUUAUUUAAUGUUAUCUUAUUCCUUUAGACGCUUAGCCACUACAUUUUAACCUCAACACAAAAGAGUAACGGAAAAUACACAUGGUAUAAAAUUUGUAAACAAAGGAAAUAAUGGAAGAAAGCUCUGAAAAUGUGCCAGAGAAACAAAAACAAAAGAAAAAAUCAAGAAAUGUCAUUGAUGGCAAAACCAGGGUGUUGCCAGUACCUGAGUGGAAAGCUCAAGAGCAAAAUGCUCUGAAAAGAGUGAAGCGUUUGGCCAAUAAGGUGAAAAGAUUUUCAUCAGAAACAGCAUUUCCACCUAUGGGUUUUUUUUAUAUUCAUGCUGGUGCUGUUCAUGCAUUUGGUCAUGAACAAAGUUGCAAGAUAUUUUUUUCGAAGGAGAAUAUCCAAAAAUUAGAUGUUACAGUAAUGGACACAGAAGUAACACAAAAAGAUGACAAGCCCACUAUAGACAUUAGAAAUAUUGAUCUUGACAUUGAUUUUAAUAAUGUCAAGAUCAAUACUCUUAGACAGAGCUACUCCCAACUAAGUUUUAAUAAAGGAGCAGGUGAGAGAUCAACAUACAAGGUGGAAAACAGACCACCAUACUGGCCAGAGGAUAUACCAUUUGUGUCCCACUCUAAGAGAAAAGGUGAUGGAUCUGGAAGAAUCAUAACAAGUGACAUGAUGGUGAAGUGUCUGGAUUCCUUCAAAGAAUACUGCAUUGAGGGAGUACAAGCAGGAUUCAUCCCAAUAAAUGUACCAGAGACAUAUGACAUUUUAAAGAAAUGA